UUGGAAACCCUCCGGCUACGGAUUUCUACAAUAAAUUUCAGCGCGAGCUCAAUACAGAGCACUGAAAAUCAACAAAAUUCUCAUCCCGAUCUCAGUGAAUUUUUCGUGUCUUCGAUUGCGCAAUCGAUUUUCUAUUUCUCAUCGCGGUUUGUGAAACUCGAAAAAAAGAAGAGAACAUGCCACAUUAUAAAUUGAGCUAUUUUGGAACAGUAGGAAUCGGCGAGUCGAUUCGAUUUCUACUGAAGUACGGUGGUCAAGACUUCGAAGAUAUACGUAACGGCAUUGAAGAAUGGCCAAAGAUAAAACCUACUACACCUUACGGAGUACUGCCGGUAUUGGAAAUCGACGGAGAAGUCCACCACCAAAGUUUGGCUAUAUGCAGAUAUUUAGGCAGAGAAUUUAACCUGGCUGGCAAAGACAGUCUGGAAAACCUAAGGAUCGAUACCAUGGCGGACACUAUUAACGACUACCGACUAGUCUUUACACAAACUAUAUGGCCACCGAAUGGGGAAGAUAAGAGUAAAAAAUUGGAAUCACUCAUAAAUGAGCACAUACCGUAUUAUCUGACGAAGUUUGCGGAACAGGUGAAGAAGAAUGGCGGUUACUUCGUCGGAGGAAAGGUAACGUGGGUCGACGUCUACUUCGCUUCUUUGAAGCCGUAUCUCGACUUCGUCGCUGGAUUCGACACCCUGAAAGACUAUCCGAUAUUGAAAGAGCUCACUGAGAAGAUCUACGCGAUUCCGAACAUCAAGAAGUGGAUCGAAGAACGCCCGACUCGAUGCAGCCUUCGAGAGUACUUGGCUGGACUAUGCGCAACGAUCACGAUGCUGAUCAUCACUGGGAACGGUUUCAAGUAUGACCUUCAGCCUAUAAAUAGCAAUAUUAGAUACUCAUUUGUCGAACACAGAGAAGAAGAAAAAAUGCCACAUUAUAAAUUGAGGUAUUUCGCAACAACAGGAAUCGGCGAGUCGAUUAGAUUUCUGCUGAAGUACGGUGGCCAAGACUUCGAAGAUGUACGUUACGAUCUUCACGAUUGGCCAAAAAUAAAACCCACUACACCUUACGGAGUAUUGCCGGUAUUGGAAAUCGACGGAGAAGUCCACCACCAAAGUUUGGCUAUAUGCAGAUAUUUGGCUAAGGAAUUCAAGCUGACUGGCAAAGACAGUCUUGAAGAUCUGAGGAUCGAUACCAUUGCGGACACGAUCAACGACUACAGAAUAGUCUUCAUAAGGGCUAUGUUUCCACCGGAUGCGGCGGAUAGGGCUCAAAAAAUGGAGUCGCUCGUCAGUGAGCACAUGCCGUAUUAUCUGCCGAAGUUUGAGGAGCAGGUCAAGAAGAAUGGCGGUUACUUCGUCGGAGGAAAGGUAACGUGGGCCGAUUUCUAUUUCGUUGCCUUGAAGUCAUACCUGGACUCCAUCGUUGAAUUCGAUACUCUGAAGGAUUAUCCGGCUUUGAAAGAGCUAACGGAAAAGGUCUACGCGAUUCCUAGUAUCAAAAAGUGGCUGAGCGAACGCCCUACCGGAUGCUGCGUUAAGGAUUUCUUCGCUGGAAAAUAAGUUCACGAGUGCAUUGUAUCGUCGAUUAUUUCCUCCAGUUGUUCGUCUAUGCGUUAUUGUGAAAAAUUCUGUCGAUUUUCUUCGUGAAUAAAGUUUAAUUCGGUUACA